CUCCACAAACUCUAGUAGAAGGGAAAGGGAAAACGCAAGAGAGGGAGAGAGAGAGAGAGAGAGAUAGAGAGGGGAGAGAGUGCACUCUAGUCUCUAUUAGAAGAAAAAGACUUGUCUACUUUUCCCUUGCAGAGAGCGAAACAAGAGAGAAAGAGAGAGCGACAGCGCAAACUUAGAGAGGGAAAGUGGAAGGAAAAAAAAAAAAAAGAAAAAAAGAGUUUUCUGUGACGCAUUAAACCAAACACCUCAUCGUCAUCCCCAAACAAUGGCGAACGCAACCCGCUCCUCCCCUGCUCGCCUCCUCCUACUCCUCCUCCUCUCCGCCGCCUCCGCCGCCGCAGCAUCGCACUCCGGUCUCGGCGUGAGCUUCGGCUCCGCCCGCGACGCGCCGCUGAGCUUGAUGAUCCCGCCGUCGUGCCGAGGGUCGUCGGUGGGGGAGUGCGCGGUGUUUGAGGCGGAGGCAGAGGAGGCGGAGGAGGCGAGCAGGCGCGUGCUGGGGGGGACGGGGGGCUACAUCAGCUACGCGGCGCUGCGGCGCGACAGCGUGCCCUGCUCCCAGCGCGGCGCCUCCUACUACAACUGCCGGCCCGGCGCCCAGGCCAACCCCUACUCCCGCGGCUGCUCCGCCAUCACCCGCUGCCGCUCCUCCUGACCUCACCUCACCUCACCUGACCAUCACCCCCCCUCCCUCCCUCCCUCCCUCUCUCUUCGGUGUAUCCCCCUCCUCCUCUCUCUCAUCUACAUGACUACAUCUGCAUCUGCAUCUGCAUCUAUCUCUCCACUCCAGAUCUAUCCCUUGUCGAGCAUUGUUGCUUAUACCCUUCCAUUCAAAUUUUUUAAUUCUAAAGAAAGAACUUAAUUUAUCCUGCCAAAUGAUGUAUGUAUGUAGUAGUAAUUAUACAACUGUUUGGAAAGAACUUGAGAAUGGUAUUAUCUUUUUCUAAAAUCAUGUAUUAUUUUACCUCCUUGAGAAUGGUAUAAUAAAAUGCGUAUCUUUAUUA